AUGGUGCGGUUCGCUUCCAUCCUCCUUGCAUCCUUCUGCGGAAGUUUCGUGGUCGCCAUCGAGACCCCUCCGUUGAAGGCUGUCCCUUUGCCUAAUGGGAUGUACACCAGCAGCGACCCAAUUGUAUCCGGAAACCUCAUCUUCAAUGCUCAGCAGCAGACCUUCGAUAUCAAGGCUACAGUCGUCGGUUGCCACCUUGAUGUCAAGGGAAUGACAUUCUCCAGACCUACUUCGACUGGGACUAAGUCCAAGUACUACAUUGCUAUCGGUUAUGACAAGACUGACCUCGAGCUCCAGGUCAAGGCAUGUGCGGAUACUCCGGUUACUAUUCAAGACUUCAAAGAACCUUUAUUGUAUGCCUAUGGUACGGGAGCGGAUAAGAGAAACACCAUAAGUCCGGAUUGGGGCAAGACCCCGAGUGUGUUCUACCACAAGGAUAGAUAA